AUGGCACAUUUGAGCAGCAGUGUGAUGAAGAUGAAGGCCUUGGUCUUUGCCUUUGCCGUGGUGGCUUUCUUUGCGGCUGUGUCUUCGGCCCAAGAUUUUGAUGCUGCGCCCACUCCCGCGCCGGCUCAAGACAAAGGAGCAGCUCACUCUGUGGUGGCCUCGGGGGCUAUGAUCCUCUGCCUCCCGUUCUUCAUGUCCAUGGUUGCUCUCCUCAACCACUAG